AUGCCUUCUGUCGGCAACCCCAACGGCCCAUCCAAGAACCGCCUUGCGGCGCGCGCCUCAAGUGCCCGUAAAGAGCGACGAAAGCGAUCACAAGCUCCCAAGGACAAGGUCGCAAAGGCCGAUACCACACGAGGCGCAAGGCCAGGUCUUUUGCCCACGAGCGGACCUAGAGCCAAGGUGAGCGCCAAGAAGGCGCGUAAGAUAGAGAAGAGACUGGCGCACGCUAUGAAGAGAAAGAUGGAAGCUGAGGGUGAGGCGGAGAUGAAGGAUGCGCCAGAGGGUGAGGGUGAGGGUGAGGGUGAGGGUGAGGGUGAGAAGGUUGAGGAGGUUGAGAUGGGCGACAUUCAGUGA